GGCUAAUUAAUACAAAAAAUUCAAAGUGUCUUAUAAGUGUCCAGCAACUAAAUUUCUAAUUCUAAAAUUGGAAAAGAAUUAAUAGUUUCUAAUUCUAAAAGGUUAUAAAUUUAGUCCAAUUUUUUCUCAUCAAAAUUGUCAAAUGAAGAAUUUGAUGAAACAAAAAUACACCUGUGCUUGGGUGGGAGAAGCUAUGAAGUGUGAAGAAGCAGUGAAGGCCAAUUGCAGAAUAGGAGGCACACGGAAGGGACGCAUGCAAUAGGCCAAGGUCUGCUUUCUACGGAUGGUGACCGGUGUCGGUGAGAGCAGAGACCAGUGCCAUAGACAGCACAGCAAAGAGCAGCUUCGUGAGAGCAGAGCAGCUUCGAUUAGCAUAAAGCAAAGAGCAGCUCUGGCAAGAGUACACCAACAGAAGGAAGAGAGCAACUUCGGUGAGAGCAAAUCUACAAAAAGCAGAGAGCAACGUCGGAGAUCGAACACAGCAGAGAGGGAGGGGAGCGUCGACGAUGUGAGAAAGGGUAGAGAGGCAGAGAACUUGGGUUGGGACUUGGGAGUCGAGGGUUUUCACAAACAGUUUCAGAUUUUAGAGAGUUUUUAAUUUAGUUUUUGAUGAUUUUGCAAUUUUGUUGAAAUUAUGGGUUAAAAUCGAUAUAACAAAGGAAUGGUGAGGGUGAAAUUGGUAAGAAGAUUGCAUGCUAAAUUGAACCGACGGUUUUUUUGGUUUCACUCGUUCUACCGAUUCCAUCGAUUCCAUUAAGUUUGAACGGUUUUGACAUACAAAUGGGUUUAUUAUACAAAUCAAACCAUUUUCACUCUCGAGUAACGGUCCGAUCGGUUCAACCGACCAAUCCGAUUCGAUUUUAAAAACGCUGGCUAGAGUAUAGUUGUGCUCUUGGUGCUUGUAGAAACUAAAUCGAACCAAAAUUUAUUCUUUGUAAGCUCAUUCACAAUUAAUCAUAGCUACUUUACAUCUUUUCAUCCUCCAAUAGUAAGGAAUAAAAUGUAAAUUCAUAGCAUCAUCACAAAUAUUACUAUUUGUGGUGUAUACAUAAAGCGCACCCUUAAAAUCAGCUGGAGUAUAGUUGUGCUCUUUGCGCUUCUAUGGUUCAUCACAUUUUGAACCGGACCAUAUAGUUGUCCUUUUUUCCCUUCUAUGGUGCAUCCCGUUUGGAUCCGUCUUUUUUUCUGAUGAUGGUUAAUGAGAUUUGUUAUAUCCUUUCAAAAUACCUAACUAAACUUGUGAGAAUUAUGGGAUUUUUGACAUUGAAGAAUCACGAAGGCCAAACAAACAAAAUAAAAAUAAAAAAGAAAAAAGGAGUGACAAUAAUUGAAGAAUCAGACAGAGCAGGUUCAAGCUUGACUUGAGCUCCAUAAAUAAUUAACACCUUU